UAGCGAAAAUUUUUUUUUGUUUUGUUUUGUUUUUCCACAAUUUUGAAAUAAUGUCAUCGAUAAUUUUCGAUUAUCAAACGAUACAACAAGUGCAGCAGCAGCAACAGCAACGUUAUGAUUGGAUUCCAGCAGGUGUUACAAAUGAAAUAAUGAUUGAUGAAUAUUUCGCAAUGUUUCCUGAAAAUCAACGACCAAUACUGGUACCAAUCGAUGAAAAAAUCGACAUUUGUUUUAGUGAAGGUGUAUCAUAUUGGAAACAAUUAUUUCAACGACAAUUUCCACGUUGUGAUACUACUGUUGAAAAUUGUCAACAUUUACUAUCGACAACCAUUGAUGAUAAAAGAAAAAUUCGUCUACUUGAAUUAUUAAUGUUAGAUCGUGAUAAAUAUGCAUUGGAUAUUGGCCAAUGUAAAACGAUCACUACAAUGAAUCAGAUUUGUGCAUAUUGUUGUCAAACAAUCCAUAUGAAUAAUCUGGCCAUUUAUUGUGAACGUAUCGAUGACAAUGGUGCCACUGAUGAUGAUGAUGAUGAUGAUGGAUCAUCACAACAGACCAAUACAUUCCAUCCGAAUUGUUUUCGUUGUUAUUAUUGUGAUGAACAAUUAGCAUAUAAUAUUUAUUGUUCACGUAAUAAUCGACCAUAUUGUGAACGACAUUAUAUGGAUUCAUUAUUACCACGUUGUUCAUAUUGUGAUGAGCUUAUAAUGGCAAAUGAAUAUAUAAAAGAUCCAUCAACAACACAAAAAUGGCAUAUGGAACAUUUUAAUUGUGUUUAUUGUAAACAAUCAUUAACAACGGCACGUUAUGCAUUAAGUGAUGAUGUUGAUCAUCAUGGUAAUGAUAAUGAUAAUGUUGGUGGUAAACCAAUGUGUAUCGAUUGUUAUGAACAAAGACAUAGUAAUGUUUGUGAAGAAUGUCAAAAACCAAUUGGUGUGAAUACAAAAGAUCUUUCAUUCAAUGAUCGUCAUUGGCAUGAAAAAUGUUUUGUUUGUAGUGAAUGUAAAUUUGAUUUAUUUGAUAAACCAUUUGGUUCACGUUCUGAUCGGAUAUUCUGUGCAAAUUGUUAUGAUAAUACUUUUGCACCGCGUUGCUGUAAAUGUGAACAGAUAUUUGAACCAGGACAAAGAAAACUAGAUUUUCGUGACAAACUAUAUCAUGAUAGUUGUUUUUGUUGUAAAAAAUGUCAAACACCAAUAGGUACGAAAACAUUUUUACAGAAAAAUGAUGAUAUCUAUUGUUCAGAAUGUUACAAGAACGUGUUUGCAACCAGAUGUAUUAAAUGCUGUGAGAUUAUUAUCAAUGAUGGUAUUGUAUAUCGUGAUGAACCAUGGCAUGCAUCCUGUUUCCGUUGUGUUGAAUGUCAAAAACAAUUGUCAAACAUUCCAUUCACAUCACAUGAUAAUCGGCCAUAUUGUCGUGAAUGUAAUGCUAAUUUAUUUGCUCCUAAAUGUGACAUUUGUAAACUGCCAAUUAUAGGAUCAACUGGAAGAAAAAUGAUCACACAUGGUAAUCAUAAAUGGCAUCAAGCCUGUUUCAAAUGUAAAGAUUGUUCUACUGAAUUGGGUGGUAAAGGUUUUGUACCAUUGAUUGAUGAUGAUGAUAAUAAUAAUAAUGAUAAUGCUGAUGGUGAUGGUAAUGGACAAGAAAAUAUUUAUUGUACACCAUGUGCGCAGGUUAUUAUUGCUAAACAAUGGUCAUCACAAUCUGCACAGAAUCAACAAUCAAAACAACAACAACAACAACAACAACAAGACGAUCAACAAUCCGAUGAUAGUGUCUAAUACAACAAAAUGAAAAUGAACAAAUGACAAAAACAAAUGAAAAAAGAAAACAAACAAACAAACUGAUUUUAUG